AUGAGUGAGGAGACUCGUGGAGCCUGUGAGGCUGGCACCGUCGAAGCUGCAUUCCGGGCCGAGGAAGAAGGCGGGCAGCAAGAAGAACCAGCUUUGCACCCUGCAGAGAAUCAUCCUGCCGACGGUGAGGGAGCGAUCAUCUUUGAGGCCGACUAUCUGGGCACCGCUGAGCCCGUUUCGCUCUCAUCGUUUCUCAACAAGGAUUUGUCGAUCACUUCCAGGGGUCUCAAUCAUCCCUUCAGCAUCGACGCCACAGUCACUGCUCGAUAUGACGGUUCCAAGCUGGUUAAUGCCAUCUGGGAGACUACACCUUUGGAUGGCGAAUGGUAUAUCCGAGGCACCCCUGACGUCCAAGGUUCCCAUACGAGACGAGGAAGAGCUCGUAUCGUUGUCCAAAGCACUCUCCCAUCAGAAUCAACGGUACCACUGGGUGUCGUUCGGAUCACCACUCGGGGUUUACACUUCGAGGAUGAUGAAGUGUCAAAUAGAGGAGACGUGCAUGACACUAUCCAGUACAGCUGGAUACAAGAGCCAGAUGGAAGCGGCAUACUCAUGCCAAAGCAAGGGUCUUCUUGUUCUCUUUCCAUGGACGGGACGGUCGGUUGGUACCACGGAAGGGGAAGGUAUGGACGAGAACAGGUUAGUAUGACAGUGGCAUUACAGCCUAGCGAGCUUUACGUGCCAAAGUUCGCUAAGCCCUUUUUGCGGUAG